AACGCUGAAGCACAAAGCAGGAAGUGUGAAGCUGCUGAAAAACACAAGUCUUGAAGUUGUGACAUUCGAGAGAGAACCGUGUAGCUGACGGUGGAGGAUUUACAUGUCAUAUAAUCACAAAUAUCAUACAGGUAACGUUAUCUGAAAUGAAGGGCGCUCUGGAGCUGCUGCAGAGGGUGAGCGCUCACCCGGACGCUCGCUGCUGGUACGUCGCGUGGAGCCCGUCUGGUACUUUGCUAGCGUCAUGCGGCGGGGACCGCGCGAUAAGAAUUUGGGGUAAAGAAGGGGACAGUUGGGAAUGUAAGUGUGUCCUGGCUGAUGGACACCAGCGUACAGUCAGAACGGUGGCCUGGUCUCCCUGCGGGAAAUAUCUGGCAUCAGCCAGCUUUGAUGCCACAACAUGCAUCUGGAAGAAGACGAAUGAUGAUUUUGAGUCCCUGACAGUGUUAGAAGGUCAUGAAAACGAGGUCAAGUGUGUCACCUGGGCUCCGUCUGGAAACUUACUAGCCACCUGCAGCAGAGACAAAAGUGUUUGGAUCUGGGAAGUGGAUGAGGAGGAUGAAUAUGAGUGUGUAAGUGUUGUGAAUUCACACACGCAGGACGUGAAACAUGUCGUGUGGCACCCAACACAGGAGCUUCUCGCAUCAGCCAGUUAUGACAACAAAGUGUGCAUUUAUAAAGAGGAGGAUGAUGACUGGGAAUGUAGAGCCACGUUAGAGGGUCACGAAUCCACUGUUUGGAGUCUGGCCUUUGACCCUGAGGGACAGAGAUUGGCGUCUUGUAGCGAUGAUCGUACCGUGAAGAUCUGGAAGGAGUCGACGCUUGGAGAUGGUGAGAGUGGUUCAUCAGACGAGUCUUGGAAGUGUGUAUGUACCUUGUCUGGAUUCCAUGGGAGAACAAUAUAUGAUGUUGCAUGGUGUCGUCUGACCGGUGCCUUGGCCACAGCGUGUGGCGAUGAUGGAGUCCGAGUAUUCAAAGAAGACCCCACUGUUGACCCAGAGCAGCCCGUCUUCUUCAUGUCAGCCCAUGUGCCCAAAGCCCACGGUCAGGACGUCAACUGCGUGUCCUGGAACCCGAAGGAGGCGGGACUGCUGGCCACCUGCAGUGACAACGGAGAGUUUGCCAUCUGGAAGUACAACUCUGAUUCCUGAGCUGGUGAAUGACACUUGAUCAAACAAAAGCACUGAAGGAGUUUCAUGGCUCAUAAUGGGGAACAAUAGCUGUUCUUAUUCGGACUGUGUGUGUUGGCAGCACCGGUGAAAUGGAUCGAAAGACAAUACACUCUUUAACUCGCCUCAUUCUCUGUUAGUGUUUUUGAUGGGUCAUUUGUAACUUAUCAGAAUUUCUUUUGACCGUAUGGAUUAUUUUAGCUUUAUCUGUGGCUUAAAAUACCUUCAGUGCUUUAAUUAAAUAAAGCUUCUUGAUGCUGAAGAUAAAACAUCCUAAUUUGUCUUUUUAUCAUGUCCCAGAACCAUCAAUUUAGAUUGAUAUUAAAUGCUUUCAAAGUCUGUUUAAGGAAUUCAUCUUUAAUAGUUGUGUUAAAGUGACUUUUAAUAGACCUUAGUCAGGGUAAAUGUUUAUUUUUUUGUUGCGAAUGAAAGUGAGGCUGUGAGGGAUUGAAGUACAGUGUUUUCAGUGGAUUGAACUGUUGUUUAACAACAUGCUGAUUCUGGGAAAAAAAAAACUUUCAGUAAACAAAAGUUUCAUGUAGUGCGCGCCAUUGUAAAGACUGUAAGUCUGUCUUUCACAGCCUCAUUUUCAACAAUGUUAAAUGAAAUACGGCGUCUAACCUGACUAAGAUGUAUAUAAGUUAAAACAUACCAUGAUACAAUCAUAAUGGAUGUUUAUGGGGAAUUUGAGAAGGUUCAAAAGUA